AUGGCUACUGACAGGUAUCAUCAGGAGCAGAAUCCUACUGAUAUAACAUCUUCAACAAAUUAUCAAUUAUAUGAUAUUGGAUUAGCUGUUGGAAAGAUUUUAGAUGACGAUAAAAAGCUGAAAUAUUUAAAUGAAACAUGGAAGCCUCCGGUGCUUAAAACAUUCGUUAAGGAGCCGUUGAUUAAGUUUAAGAAAGCUACAGAAGAACUAAAUUAUCACCAAACUACCCAAUACCAUCAAUUUUCUGUGGAAAAAGCCCUGCAUUUUAAACAAUCCAUGGAGCCUAUUCCUGGAAGUUCAGUAAGUCAUGUUGGCCUCCUGAUAGACGCUAGAAAAGCCUCUAUAUUAGAGCAAAAUUUAAAACGCUUGAAGCCUAUAGUAAAAACCGUACUGUUUUGUGCCCAUAACAAUCUGCCUUUGAGAGGUCAUAGGGAUGAUGGCAAUUUGAACAGCAGGGAAGAGCAAGAAAAUGCAUUAAGAGGAAACCAGGGUGUUUUCAAAAGACUGUUGGCUUUUAGAAUUGAUGCUGGUGAUGAAUAUUUGAAAACGCACCUUACCACUUGCAGAAAAAACAGUACACAUAUCAGCAAAACAAUCCAAAACGACAUAAUCGAAUGCAUUGGCGAUUAUAUCCGUUCGGAGAUUACGAGUAGUAUACAAAAAGCCAAAUACUUCUCAAUAAUAUGUGAUGAAACCACAGAUGAAAGUAAGAAGGAGCAGCUUACGUUUUGUGUGCGAUAUGUCGACAUAGACAGUUUCACAACCAGGGAAGAUUUCCUUGGAUUCGUGGAACUCAAAGCGACAACUGGUUUAUCGAUUAAAUCCUCAAUAGACGAAGAACUGACAAAACUGAAUUUGUCUUACAAAUACCUCUGUGGACAAGGCUACGAUGGAGCAAGCAACAUGUCUGGGCCAUUUAAGGGCGUUCAAGCUCUAAUUUCCGAGCAGCAACCCCUCGCCAUUUAUACUCAUUGUUUCAGCCGUUCCCUGAAUUUGUGCAUCACAAAAAGCUGCCAAAUUCCUGUUAUAAGAAACGUAGUGGGAACAGUUGAGACUGUCUCUGUGUUUCUCUCGGCUUCUGCGCACAGAACAAAUGCAUUAAUCGAUGUUGUAGAAAAGCAAGACUUUUCGGAAACUAAAAAAAAGAGAUUGAAAGCACUUUGCCCUACACGGUGGGUAGAAAGGCAUGACAGCCUAAUAACAUUUAAGGAACUACUUGUUCCUGUUGUGACUGUGCUGGAAAGUUUACAUACAACUGCCUCUUCCGAAACGUCAACAAAAGCAUAUAUGUUAAAUGCUUCAAUAAAAAGGAGUGAAUUUAUUGUUGGCGUCGAAAUAUCAGUGUACUGUCUCAGUUUGACACUGAGGCUAAGUCAGCAGUUGCAAAGCCCGAAGCAGGAUUUGUCUUCUGCAUUAGCUAAUGUGUCUCAAGUUUUGGACACUUUUCGGAGUGUAAGACAAAACGCAGAACUCGAAUUUCAAACUAUUUACAAAAACUGCCUUCAAAUUGCUGAAGAAUUGGAUCUGGAGUUAGAAAUACCCAGAUCAGGAAAGCGUAAAAGUGCUCGAGACUGUACACCUCCAGAAAAUCCAGAAGUUUAUUUCAGACGAACAGUCUUUCUUCCUCUGAUAGAUCACUUCAUUUCCGAGAUUGAUUGCAGAUUUAGCAGAGAUUUUCUUGGAGUGCUUCCCCUCGAAGGUCUAAUUCCAUCGAACUUGUCGAGGUAUACUGACAAAAAUAUUAUAACUGCUGCAGACAAAUACAAGAAUUUUACAGAUGAACUAGGAAGUUUGAGCUUGCUAUUAGCAGAGAUCAAGAUGUGGAGGAAUAAAUGGCUGCCGAUAUGCGGUCCUCCUACAACAGCUAUCGGGGCACUGAAAGAGCUAGACCAUUCGUUUUUCCCAUCUAUUGCUGUUCUUCUCCAAAUUUUCGCAACAAUCCCAGUAACGACUUCAACAGCUGAACGUAGUUUUUCUACCUUAAAAAGGAUAAAAACCUAUUUAAGAAGCACGAUGGGAGAAGUAAGGUUAAAUGGACUUGCUCUAGCAAAUGUGGCAAGAGAUAGAGAUGUAUCUGUCGACAAAAUAAUUGAACUCUUCUGCAAAAGUAAGAAGAGGAGAAUGUGCUUGGAAAACUGGGAACAUGUCAAAUAA